GUCGGCUCGCAACCUCAUCGUAACGCGACGCGACGCAACGCGAAGCGCAGCAGUACGCGGCGAAUGAAAGAGGCGUGCAGUCGUCGUGAUCGUGGUCGUGGUCGUAGUCGUGGUCGUGGUCGUGGUGGUCGUCGUCGUCGUCGGGUCGCCGCCGCCGCAGCCGCGCCGUGCCGGUCCCCGGUGAGCGAGCGCAGCCAAGUGCAUAUUAGACGAAGCGGCCACGAGCGCCGCGCAUUCGCCGGCGAGCGCUCGCUGAGAGUGGAGAGAGUGCUGCGUGUACCGUCUGUACCGUGCGUGCGUUUUACUCUCGCUCACGCGCGCGCGUUCCUUCUCCUCGAGAGAAGAGUCAAGUGCCACACGGCCCGUGCCGAAAAAUUCGCGAACGGAACAUCGCGCUCCUCCGGGACUUUUCGCGUCUCUCGCGCUCUCAUUCCGCACGCGCGCGCGCGCGCGCGCGUCUCCGAUAAUCGUGCGUUUCUUCUCGACUGUCGCGCGAACUUGUUCCGCGUGCGAGUCAAGUCGUGUGGACACACACGAGCCCUCGAGUGUCGAGACGUGAUCUUGAAAUAAUCGCGGAGUGGUGCUCGAUGCGUCGAGAGAGAGUUCGGAGCUUUCAGUGCCGUUCUCGGGUUUCUAAACAUUUAUCGGCGGCUCGACGUGCCACGGCUGAUGUGCACUAUCGAGCCUCCGCGACUGGCAUAAUCGAUUUUCGAUCGGUGAAUUCGAACGCCAAGCUCCGAUCGUAGUUGUGCAAGUGCAACGCUCGAAAUAUCAGCGCAGCGUCGGCCGUCGCGGGACGAGCGAGCGAGCGAGUGAACCAGGCACGUUUCGGAGGAAGUCACCCUUGCAUUCGAAGGUGCGAGAAAGGAGAGUUGGACCGGCUCCGUAAUUCCACUAUCGAGCCAUCGAGUUCGAUGUCCUUUGUAAGGGCCGAGGGAGAAUUCGGAAGAGAGCGGAGAAGAGGAAGCGUCAACUUUCUUCACGUUCUUCCUGUGCAAUAAAGAGAAGCUGUGGCUAAUUGGUGCGUGGAGCACGCGGCGGCGAGGCACGCUGGACGCUUGGUGAGAAAAAGACGGCGAGGGAGAAAGAGAGAGUUGACAGCUGCGGAUCAGCUGAAAUCCUCGGCUUCCGCUUUGUAAAAAUAAAUAUCGCGAGCGGUGUCAUUAGCCGUUCGGAAGUGAAAAGGGAACGGUAUAACUCCGAUUGAUACACACGCCUGUCGAAUAGCUGGGGAAGAAGCUGACGGCACAAAGAUUUCCCCGGGAGACAAAGGCCGUUUUUCCUCGUCUUUCUCUCUCGCCGCUCUGCAGAGAGAGAGAAAAGGACGAGAGGAAAACAAACAGAGCUACGACACGCGUGAGACACGUCGGUUUCAACAUACCGAGAAAUCGCGAUAAGAUAAGACGCGACGUUAAUAAAGAGUCGCGUCUCGGGUGUUGCGAUUCCCGGAUGAAAGACGCGCGAGGUGCGGUGAUCGCGGCUGCUGGGCUCUGCCGCCGUCUUGGGAAAGGAGCUCUCGAUCGCGCUCCGAUUCGGAUCGCUCCCAAGCGAAUCGCGCGAGUUGCGCAAGAGUUUGUCGUCGCGCCGCUGGAAAAGGGGCCUGUGCGUUACUCAACGCGCGCGGCUUUAUCGCGCCGUUAAAGGAUCCCACGUGAGGAGGAGCAGCCGCGCACGAACGUGUGCCAACUGCCUUCGGACUCGUAAUCGCGUUCCACCAGGUGGAAAACGAGACACACGCGAGACGAGUUCAUCGGCCAUCGCCAACCGAGUUCCCCGUCCCUACCUCCCCGGAGUUUCGUCCGGCAAUUGGCGGGCAAGGUUUUAAUUAACGCUCUGCCAUUAAUAGCUCCGUAUCUGAGCGGUGACGAUUAAUAGAUAACCGCCGAUUAAAUAACUGAUCGAGGCGAAGAGCAAGAGGAGAGCUCCUGCUUGUUUCUUCACGAGAUCUCUUUGUGCUUAACGCCGCGCCGAAUUAUCAAUUAAGACUUUAUAAAAUCCCUGUUUUUCUCUUAAACGAAAACGAGAGAGAGAGAGAAUUUAAUAAAGUGCGGAGAUUAAAUUAGCGAUUACAUCGACAAUUACAUCGUUGUGGAAUCGCACUCGAGCGGAUGAUUAAUCGUGCGCUACGAUAAUCAAUUCCGUAAGUGUAUCGCGAUAGUCGCGUGUGUUCGGGGACAUCGGCCCUUUCGCGCGCGCGCGAGUGGGUGUCAGUGUCCUGCGGAGGACCGAGGAUGUGAGUGCACGGCCUUAAAGUGCAAAGUGUUGUAAUUGGUGCAUCCGCCGCGGAGGCGAUGUGUGAUGCCAGCCCGGCCCGAGUGACACUUAGCCCACGCAGCUGAUGACAAACGUAAACAGGAUCAAGGUGGUCGUCCUCGGCGGCCCCAGAGUCGGCAAAUCAGCGGUGGUUGUGCGGUACUUGACGAGGCGAUACAUCGGCGAGUACAGCUCGACCAGCGAUUUUCUCUACCGACACAGCGUCACUAUUGACAAUGUCACGACGGAGGUCGAGAUACUUGACACGUCCAGGUGUGAGGAGAAUGGCUGCCUGUACUCGCAUAUACGGUGGGGCGAGGCCUUCGUCGUGGUUUAUAGCGUGACAUGUAAGCGGAGCUUUCAGGAAGCCCGUGGACUUCUCAAGCAACUCGCGGAUCUACGUCUGCCAUCCUAUUUCACCGCCCUUCUGCUCGGCAACAAGAGAGAUUUGGAUCAUGCCCGAGAGGUAUGCGUGGACGAAGGCCAACAGCUGUCGCUGGCGCACGGAUGCCAGUUUUACGAGGUGAGCGCCGCGGAGAGUCCCGCGGGAGCGGCGUUAGCCUUCCAGGCGCUCCUGCGGGAGGCGAGGUCGGUCCAGCUCCUGCGAGCGUUGCCGAUCCGCAGGAAACUGGGCGUACACUCGGUCUCGAGAGUCCUCGGGACGAUCUUCGGCAAGAACACCACCAAGGACCGUAAGAAGAGGCCGUCGCUGAGCAUAUGACGCCUUCUAUGCGCCCUCCUCCUCGGAGGACGAGAUGAGCCAGGCAGGAGAACUGACAUCGUCGUCCUCAGCAGCAACGUCUACUCCAAUCGCUGACGAGGUCCUCGGUAAGGACGUAGAAUCUCUCUUGUGCCUUCCCGAAAAAAGGCCACUAUCACCAAGAUCGCUUUCGAUCUUGGAAGCGUCCCUUGCCGAGAGAAUGAUUCUUUUCUUCAAGCGUCUUGAAGAAAAAAACGCAUUUUGCUAAUGGCAAUCGAACACCAGAGGUCUUGAAAUACAUUCCGGGACCUAAAACUCCGAGGACGUAAGACUGACUUUCUCGUUUCGAGGACACGCAGGGUCCAAGGUACGGCACACCCUGGAAGACCGACGUGCGAAGUAUCUGAAGGCUCUUUUCAACACCUGGUAGCCGAAAGAUCCAGAUACCGAGAAGAUUCCAGUCAUGGAGGGCGACAUUCGUGUUUGACAAAAACUACUUUCGUGUGCCGAAGAAGGAUACUUAAAUAGUGGUGUUCGCGGUGAUCCUGCUUACAAUGCAGUGGUGGAAAGAGCAAAUCGACGUGGAGCUCAGAGACGUGGUACGCACGAUGCAAGGGUACUUUUUUUUUUAUUAUUGCAAUGACAUUUCAUAGUGAUUACAAGUGACUGGCAAGUUGUUCCUGAAUGACGUAGUCUUUAGAAUGAUUUAUCGAGAAUGAUCUUAAGGUUGCGAAUCGUCCCGCAAUCGGUUUCGCGAGUGCAAAUUUUCUAAUUUGGGACACCUACAAUACUUGCACGUCAUUCGGUGUUUAAGUUAUUACGUUAUUAACCCUAAACAGUAUAUACAAACGUAAAGAAUUUUCUCAUAUUAUUUUCUUUUAUAAUUUAUAAACUUAAAUUUUCCGAAAGAUAUCUAUGCUUAAUGUUUUAAUUUGCAAUUUUCGCACUUCUAUAUCCUGUAUUUUCCAGCUACUUUUUCUCAUUAUGAUUAAUACAUUUCUUUAUUUUGUUAAAAUAAAAUAUUUUAUAUACUGUUUAGGGCUUAUGAUUAUUUUUUUUUUUUUCUUUCGAUGCUCCCGAACGAAACCCAUGAGUCUUUCAAAUUUCGACAUUUCCACCAAGUGGAAGAAAACGCGAUUCGAUUCGAUUUUCUGCCUAUCGCUUCAGUUGUAAUCUGGGAGGUGUUUGCAAGCGCUCCCGCGAAGAGCGACUUCAAUGCCUUCGUCACAAGGCGUGAUUGAUUCGAUGACUUUAAUGUUCCUAAAGAAAGUAGCCUAAGUGUAAAUAGCGCAAACGUUCACUUAUACAUAUACUCUGCGGAGAGUCUCGGAGACUUGAGUAAUCAUUAAGAUUUGUAUAUGAGAGAAGAACAAAAAUGAUGAGUGCGGAUGUUAAAAUCUUUACGAUCUAUUAAACAAUUUACAAUCCAUUGUUUGACUUGUUUAUUCGGUCUGGUGAUCAAGAAUAUUACGAUCGCAAAGAAUGCCAAACAAUACAAAUUUGAAUCUCAAUCGAAGAUUUUUCAGUUUGUCACUUUUUUCUCGUAAUUUGCAUUUGGAUUUCUCGCCGAUCGUAACAAAUAAUGACUAUUAACGGCUAUUGAUGGAUUAAAAAACAAAAUCGUUCGUGAAUGGAUGCCGUGUUGCGUUUCGUCAGUGAUGACAAAGCGAUUACCAUCCACUUAAUCGUAGAAAGUGUUGGUUGUUUGCCCUUUUUUUUGCUAAGCUCUUCAAUCGCGCCGCGCGAUGUUUUGUAAAUCGUCUUUCCUUUUUUUUUCUACGACAAGCAUAGAGACGUACGAUCGACUUUUCAGGUUCGUAUAGUUCGUAAACACUUUCAGAGUGCCUUCCGGAUGACGUAGAGUCCGUUAUAUUCUUUUGCCGGCAGCUGACGCGCUUUUUCGACGCGAGUGCUAACGAAGAAAAAGAGCUCUAUUUACAUUGCGUUUAAGAAAACGGAUAGUUAACGAGCAGUAAAUUGCAUGAUCCCUCUUCGGCGCGUCAGCUUCUAGCAGAAAAAAAAAGACCGUAAAACACGGGCUUACAAAGCUGGCUUCCUCGAACCAGAAACGGCUCGGCGAAGCCAGUGUGUGCGUGUGUCUCUUUUUUACGAUACAUUCCAUCUUGAAAUUAGCGCCCCUCUAAAAUGUGUACGUGUGUGCGCCUAUGUGUGUGUGCGUGUGUGUGCGAGAGUGGGAGAGUGCGUAAUUCGAUUCCAGGCAGAUGUCGAUCGCUGUAUUCGAAGUGCUAGUCACUUGUUAUCGAGAGAGGAUAAUAAUAAAGGAGCGUCUUUUGUUAAA